AUGGUAGCCGCAUCCUGUUUCCGCACUGCACAAUGGCUGCAAAAAGUCGGUUUUGCCCCACAGGUUUUCCUGUUCCGCAAUUUAGAGAGCGGCCAGGUAAUCUACUCGCAAAUGCCUGUGUUCGCACAGCACCAGAUCGAUGCGCUUUUCAAGCGUCCCGACUGGUCUAAUCGGAAGCCCUCGACCAGAAGAGACGUGUGGAGAUGCAUGGCCGUGGUGGACUUGCCCACAUACGAGCAGGGCGUGCAACUAUACCAAGAUCUGUGUCGGCUACGUUAUUUAAGAGACGUUCGGGAAACCAAGAAAACAGACAAUCUGCGCAAGAAAAACGAGGACGGACAUGUGUGGUACAGCGCACAGUACCGGCCCACGUACGGCCAGGAAGCGGUGGCCGACUUGCGGGAAGCGUUGGCCAAGACAGCCACGACAACGAUGGGCCAAAUCCACUGGGAAGACGAAUGGCGAAUGGGCGAUGUGAGCAAGCACUGGACGCCUGUUCUGCCGCACGUCAAGCACGCCGUGAUGCCUCGCACGGGCAACAUUGCUCGCGAACAGUCUGCCAUUUUGCGUGCUCUGGGAGAGCGUGCCAAAUUGGCAUUUGCUGACCGUGUUUCUGCCGACAAAGCGGUAUUGUGA